CCAAUCCAUUUGCCCUCUUUGUUUUUUAUUCUUUGGACUGUCUGGAAAUGCCUUUUUUCUUUCAAGAUUGCAUGGAAGUAAGAUGAGUUGCAGUCUCCCUCUUUGAGCCAUUUGAUUCCAGCUUUUUGUUUCCAGUAAUGGAAUUCAUUUUUAGUGGCUUGUAUCAGAUGAGCUCUAGUUUCAUGUAAGAGAGUUCUGUUUUCCAUGCUGGGAUUUUCAUCAAAGUUGCUUUCUGCUUCUUGGAGUUGUAUCUCUAGAUCUUCCACUUUGGAUGUAAUAUUACCAAAGGUGUUCUUGUUCCAAGAUUGUAGGAUUGGUGUGAGCUUGUAUAGUUUGUCCAUAAGUCCUUUCAUGCCACCUCCCUUGUAGUUUCCCCAGUUAUCUUCAACAAUAUUCCUGAAUGAAUGGUGGUUGGCCCAACAGUUAAGAUACCUGAAAGGUUUAGGGCCAUUGAAGGUGGGGUUGUGCAUUUUAAUUAGGAUAGGGCAGUGAUCUGAGUUUCCUCUUGAGAGGUGUUGACUUGAUAUGCUAUCAUAAUGCCUUUGGCAGAUAGAGUUAGUGAAAACUCUAUCCAACCUUUUCAAAAUUCUCCCCAGGGAUCUUGUGCCAGUCCAAGUAUAAAGGUUUCCAGUAAAGGGGGGGGGGGGAAUAAAGCCCAUUGUCCAUGAUACAGUUAUCAAAGUCCUGGAUACUGUUGAGGCAAGGGGUGCUCCUACCUUUAUGAUGUUCUAUGGAGGAUAUGGCAUUAAAGUCUCCCCCAAUUAUCCAGAUAGCAUGGUUGUUUUUAUUGCAGUUGGUGAUUGCUUCCCAGAGAUCUUUUCUUUCCUCUCUGGGGCAUUUUGUUCCUGGUUUAUGGUUGGAGAAGAGGGACUUUCUGGACCUUCAGGUAUAUGUGUUUCAGAAUCACUUAUAUAAUUCACAUUGAAUUUUAAAGUUGAGUUCUGAAUGUAUGAGUCAUCUUUUGAGGGCAUGAUUUCUGAUGAUGUUUUGCAGAUGUUUGAGAUAUCCAGCAUGAUUGCUUGUAAGAGUUCACUUUCUGAAGGUGAGGUUGUGAGGGAUCUGGUAUGGUUGGUUUCUGUUGGGGUUGGUUCAGCUGUGGUGUUAGUUGGGGUGUGGAAUUCAGGUAUUUUGGGGUUGGGGUGGAUUUCUGUUUGGAUUUGGGGGUUUUCUGUUGAAGUGGUGUUAGGGGUUGUGUAAUGAGAUGGGCUUGUGGCUAUUGGUUGGUUACUGGAUGUGGGCUGAGUGGGUUUUGGGUUAGGGGUUUUCUGGUUGUGUGUGGGUUCUGGGUUAGGGGUUUCCUGGUUGUGUGUGGGGGUGGCAUUUUGUGUGGGCAUAAAGGUUGUGUUGACAG